AUGUCUAAGAACAUAGCAAGCAGUUUUCGGCUUAGGGUGUGUCAUACGGUGUACGCCCUAGGAAAUAUCUCUGGCAACAAUAAUUACAAAUUGGCCAGUCAAGUGGUUUAUGAGGUUGUUCAACGCAUGGUUAAGAAGAAGAUGCUAGAUCCGAAUUUGCGUGACCAAACACGAGAUCUCUUGCUCCUUCAUCACAGCACUCUCUACACCCGUCAGAAAAGACGUGCCAAGACCGGCCAACAACUUCACAUCAUUCGCUCUCUAGCCGAAAUUGGUAAACGGCACUCAGCCAAAGAAGUUCACAAGAUGUCUCAUGUGCCCUCGCACUCCAUUGUUAAAUCUGCCACGAAUUUGGGUGUGGAUAGAAUGGACCCACAGGCUGCAACUGCCAGUGCAAAUGACCAACACACUCCAGACAACAUUGAGUCCACUCAGGUACCCAUUACCAUUCUUAAAACUACUUAA